GUAAUAAAGAAAAUAUUCAAAACAAUGGAAGUGUUUCCAAGCAGUCUGAUGGCAAGCGGAUUAUGAUAGUAAAAUGUCAAAAGAUAAACACAAACACGAUAACAAACACUGGUCAAAUGUUAAUCAGUCAAUACUUAGAAGCAGACAGUAAAAAUAAUAAGGCAACAUCUAACAAAAGGCUCAAAAAAGAUGACAAUGUAAAAGUAAAUUCUCCUGUAACUAAAACUAAACAAACAGGUAUAAAAAGAACACCAACUAAAUAUGUUCAAGAUAAAAAUAUCAGUAAGAAAAAAGCAGUGGAUAUUCAAAAGAAGAAUACUUCACCGGAAGCUGACAACAAUGUUUCUAAUGUGUCAGGAAGAUGGCUAAGAGCUAACAGAAGAGCUUGCAAUUCAAUGAAGGAUUCCCUUAAAACAACUCUCAUCAGUCACAGGAUGACACGACAGAUGACGGAAAUGUUAAAUGAUCCUGAUUGGAAUUCUAAAACAAUACAACCUAAUGUAUCUACUGAGUUCAAUAUAUCUGUUCGAUCUUUAAGACCAAGAAAAAAAAGAGUACCAAAAUGGUAACCCCAAUAGGAUAGUGGU